AUGGCGGGCAGGGGGGCCAGCAUCAGCAGAAUACGGAUGGCGGGGCUGCCCGGGACGGGCGCCGGUGGCCACCAUGCCGUUCCGACUGGUGGCGCCGCCGUGGCGGUUCACGGUGAGCCGACGCUGGGGGACACGCCGUUGUCCGUCUCCUUCAGCGUGCCGAGCUCGCCGUCCGGGAUCCACCUCGCGCAGGGACGACUCCGCAUGCCCCCGUCCGCCCACGCCAGCAUCGCUGAGGUGCACGCCACUCCGGUGCUGCCAAGCGAGUCAGAGCAGGUCGAGGGUCGCCAUCUCGUCGUGCCGCAGCUGGUAAAGCAUGCCCAACACCACUCGCAGUCGUCGCUGGUGAUCCAAAGUGCCGGAGAGGGGCCGCGGAGCAACAGCACGCGCGAGCUGGACCGCCAAUUCGACCAGUUCAGGACCUUCUCCGGCCGGCACAACCGCCAGCUCUCCAACCUCCGUGGCCUGCCUCAGGACCCGCCGGGGACGGACGUCGAGCACGGUGCAGUGUCCAAGCUCUUCGAGGAGGACACCAACGAGGAUGACGACGUCCCCACCGCCGACCGCUACUUCGCUGCCCUCGAAGGACCUGAGUUUGACACCCUUCGUUCAACAGAGGUGGCGGUGCUGCCCAAGGACGAGCCAUGGCCAUUCCUUCUUCGGUUCCCGAUUAGCGCAUUUGGGAUGUGCCUUGGCGUGAGCAGCCAAGCGAUGCUAUGGAAGACGCUCCAGUCGGAGCCCUCUACGGCAUUCCUCCGCGUACACCCUGCCGUCAGCCACGUCCUCUGGUGGAUCUCACUCGCCCUCACCGUCAUCGUCUCCAUCACCUACCUCCUCAAGGUUGUCUUCUACUUCGAGGCCGUCCGCCGCGAGUUCCACCACCCUGUGCGCGUCAACUUUUUCUUCGCGCCCUGGAUUACCUGCCUCUUCCUUGUCAAGGGUGUGCCACACCCGGUGUGGGAGAUCCACCAUGUCGUCUGGUACCUUCUCAUGGCGCCCAUCUUCUGGCUCGAUAUCAAGAUCUACGGCCAAUGGAUGUCCAGUGGUGAGAGGCGCCUCUCCAAGGUGGCCAACCCAUCCAACCACCUUGCCAUUGUCGGCAACUUUGUCGGCGCGCUACUUGGUGCCAGGAUGGGCCUCCGGGAGCUACCAAUCUUCUUCUUCGCUGUUGGGUUCGCCCACUACGUUGUGCUCUUUGUCACCCUCUAUCAGCGGCUCCCCACCAAUAUGCAACUCCCCAAGGAUCUCCACCCGGUCUUCUUUCUUUUCGUCGCUGCGCCUAGUGUGGCAUCCAUGGCCUGGACGAGGAUCUCUGGCGAGUUCAACGAUGGUGCCAAGCUCCUUUACUACGUCUCACUCUUCCUCUACGUGUCAUUGGUGGUGCGCGUCAACCUCUUUUGGGGGUUUAGGUUCUCGCUGGCGUGGUGGGCAUACACAUUCCCGAUGACAAGUGUUGCCCUGGCGACGGUAUUGUAUGCAUCAGAGGUGGACAACUUGGUGACGCGAGCAAUGGCACUCGGGCUUUCGGGGAUUGCCACCAUGACCAUCAUUGUGGUGCUGGCCGCCACCAUGUACCACGCCUUUGUGCGCGGAGACCUCUUCCCUAAUGAUGUGUCCAUCACCAUCACAAAGCAGAGACCUAAAUUCAGCAAGAUUCUCGCUCACCUUCAGACGUGUGGCUCCGAUGUCAAGGAGCUCGUUGUCUCUAUCCCCAAUUUCAAUUCAAAUUCCAAGCAAGGCGCCUACUCUGACGACUCUGACUCCAAUGCUAGGAUGAACAACUGA